CUAGAUUUGGAAGAUGCAUUGCCUUCAUCUGCUUUGGAGGAGAUUUCAGAAGAUGAAGCUCUUCAGAUCACAGCUAAGCCACCACUACCUUUUGAAUCUUCCACUCUUCAAGAUUAUGUUGAUAGUUCAGAAACUCUGCAGAAGUUGGUGCUUCUGGGAGUUGAUUUAUCCAAAGCGGAAAAACGUCCAGGUGCAGGCCAGCUUCUUCUCAAAUUAGACUUUGAAAAAGAUAUUAGAAAAAUCCUUCUGUUUCUUAAGGAUGUUGGUGUAGAAGAUAAACAGCUUGGGGCAUUCCUCACUAAAAAUCCUUACAUUCUCAAAGAAGAUGUGGAAAAUCUAGAGACAAGGGUAGCUUACUUAAUAUCAAAAAAAUUCAGCAAGGAAGCAAUUGCACGAAUGGUUUCAGGAGCUCCAUAUUUACUUCUGUUUUCUGUAGAAAGACUGGAUAAUAGGUUAGGUUUCUUCCAGAAAGAACUUGGACUAAACGUACAAAAGACCAGAGAUCUAGUGACUUGUCUUCCAAGAUUACUGACAGGCAGUCUUGAAAUUAUUAAAGAAAAUCUAAAGGUAUAUGAGCUUGAACUUGGUUUUACUCAGAAUGAAAUUCGGCACAUUAUACACAGAAUCCCCAAGAAUUUAGGUGUAAAUAAAAAGAAACUAACAACGACAUUUGACUAUUUACACAAUGUAAUGGGUAUUCCACACAGUCUCAUUGUUCAUUUUCCUCAGGUUUUUAAUUCAAAACUGUUACGAAUUAAAGAGAGACAUAUGUUUCUUACAUUCCUGGGGAGAGCACAAUAUGAUCCAAAGGAGCCAAACUAUAUCUCUUUGGAGAAAUUGGUAUCUUUGCCUGAUGAUGUGUUUUGUGCAGACGUUGCCAAAGCUGAAGUUCAGGACUUUGAAAAGUUUUUGAAAACAUUGUAAAGUCAGACAUUAACCUUUAGAACGCUGUGUUGUAAAGUAAAUCUUGUGAUUAUGUAUGAAAUUAAUACAUUGAAUAAAAAAAUUACUGUAAUUCUA